UGGUGUCGCUCUCUUUGCUCUCUCGCGAAGUCACUCUGCUCGGCUCUCAGUUCGCAGUGAGCUGGCUUUUUGAAAAAUCAACGUUUUUCGAAAAGUCAAAUACGAGUUUUCAGAUUCACAUCGACGGUGCUCGCGUCCAGUUGUCCGUUCGCAUUAAUCAAGAAUAAUUGAAUUGUGUGCUGUAACUUCUUGUGACCGCAACGAGUUGUUUGGCUUUGAAUUAAAAAUAUCAAAGCAUCAGCGUUGAAAAUCUAGUAACUGCAACCAAAAACCGCAAAAUGGCAACCUCUAUGUUCAUCUAUGCCGUGUGCCUCGUAUUGGCUACCAAUUUGUUAUCAGUGAGUGCCAUCCGGUGUCACCAGUGCAACUCGCACGACAACGAGGACUGCGGUGGCCUGGUGGUGAACACGCCACGUGCCCAGAGGGACAACCAGUACCUGACGGACUGCAUCCCGCCCAGCGGCAAGGACGCCUUCUGCCGCAAGACGGUGAUCAAGUUCGAGCAGAACAACGAGCACCGGAUCGAGCGGAGCUGUGGCUACAUACCGGAGAAGAUCCAGAACGCCUGCUUCACCGCCGACAACGAGGGCUACAAGCAGAUCAUCUGCACCUGUCCCGAGGAGGGAUGCAAUGGAGCCACCUCCUUGCUGGGUGCCCGCCAGGUGGGCUACAGCCUGGUUGGCUCUGUGGUCAGUUUGGCACUGGCCAGCCUGCUGAGGCAUUAAGUCAUCGAUCAACUCAACUCCUGCAUCCUGUAUCCUGCAUUCUGCAUUCUGCAUCCAAAACACGUACCUUGUCCUAACUGGUUAAGCUAAGUCCUAAAUAUUUUGCACUAAGUUCUUUGCUGUUUGCCAUAUUUAGCUAUGUACACAUACCCCAUUUGUCGUGGCAGCAAUUUUGUGUUUAGUCUUGUACUCUGUAUUUGUAAUUAAUUACUAUAAAAAUAUAAGCAUCGUAUUUAAAAGAAAUCUUUGGAGUUUGACAUUUAUGCGUUACCAGGGGCCGAUUUUCUGAACUUGUCGCCAAUUGUAUAAAAUCGAAUAUUUCAUGGAAAAUGGAGAGGACUCGCCCACGCACGCCGUCUCGCUCGCACUUUCUUCGUCCUUUUCCUCGCUGCCAAAAUGUCUGCAGAAUUUGUUUUGUGGCCCAGAGUCAAAGUCACUGUCUACGCAGGCCAAAAAUAAUAGGGCAACUUUGUUAGUUUUAUUGUUGAGGAUGAGCAUGAAACCCUGACAUGUUGGCCCAUUAAGUCAAACACAAGAUUACACUGAAAAUGAAAGCGAGGGUCAUCCUUUUAAAUGUAUAAAAAUGAUUCCAGCGGAUGUGCAACAUAAAUAAAAUAAAACCGUGAAAA